UAUCACACACGACUGUAACCUCAGAUAUAAAGUGACACCCUAGCUGUGAACCCACAUCUCUAUCACUGACUUGCGUAACCCGCAAGAAGGAAGCAAUGGCAGCCGCCGCGCCACCUCCUCCACCAACUCCAACGCCCACCCCACCCACAACAUUGCCUGAGACUGGCCCCGUCGGAAAUCCAAUCUUCGCCAGAAUCCGAAUCGCUAACCCAUCCGAUGUUCGCCCCCUCCACAAGCUCAUGUACCAGCUCGCCGUCUUCGAGCGCCUCCCCCACCUUUUCUCCGCCACUGAGUCCUCCCUUUCAUCCAACCUCUUCAACACUCCUCCUUUCCAAUCCUUCACCGUCUUCCUCCUUGAAGUCUCCCCCACACCCUUCCCUGACGCCCCUGUCGGCGCCCAUCCUCCGAUCACCCACGUCAUCAAUCUAGAUCUCCCCAUCGCAGACCCUGAAUCGCAAGAAUUCGGAUCGGGCGGCGACGCCGUGGUGGCAGGGUUCGUGCUGUUUUUCCCAAAUUAUUCGACGUUCUUGGGGAAGCCAGGGUUCUAUAUAGAGGAUUUGUAUGUCAGGGAUUGCUACAGGAGGAAAGGGUUUGGGAAGAUGUUGUUGUCUGCGGUGGCAGCUCAGGCGGUGAAAAUGGGGUAUGGGAGAGUGGAGUGGUGCGUGCUUGAUUGGAAUGUGAAUGCGAUUAAGUUCUACGAAGAGAUGGGUGCUCAGGUUCUUCAGGAAUGGAGGAUCUGUAGGCUGACUGGUGAUGCUCUUCAAGCUUAUGGAAAUUGAGGUCAGGGUUUUAUGUUUGCAGAUGAGGGUUUCGGAAUGGUAAGCCAUGCCCUUCCUUUUAUGUUGUAAUUCCAGCAGUGCUUUUAUAAGAAUUUCUGGAAUAUUGCUACUUGGUGCCCUGCUCAACGGAGAUUUGUGGCGUUGUAAUUUCUGCUAUCCUUUUUCUUUUACUUUUUAGUAGGGCAUUGACAUUUGCUGCUGUUUUUCUUUCUUGUAUGAUUUAUCUCAAAAAGACAUUUUAAACA